AUGGCAACCUCUAACUCCGGGAAGACUCCUCCCGCCGCAAAUCUUUCCACCGUCUCCCAUGACUCGAACCGUUUCGAUUUCUCAUCCGCUGCUGAUGCGUCUCCUCCAAAACUUUCUCUCUCGUCCGAUCAGCUCAACCACUGCCACCGAGCUCUCCAGAUUUUCCGGGAAAAGAUCCAAAAUCCUGACUCGAUCGCUCGGGAGUUUGCCAAUUUGCAGGCUAAUAGGAUGUGGCCAUCGGAGAUGCAGCUAAACUGUACAGUGGCUAUGAACAGUGUCAAUUCGGAGAAAAACAGAUACACAGAUGUUCUGCCAUUUGACAAGAAUAGGGUUGUUCUGAAUCCAUGUAAAGACUAUAGAUCAUCUUCAAAGGGGUAUGUGAACGCAAGCUUCAUUAAGACUUCGUCGUCUUCUGAGAGUAUUUCUCAGUUCAUAGCUACGCAAGGUCCUCUUCCACACACGUUGGAGGACUUCUGGGAGAUGGUAAUUCAGCAGCAUUGCCCAGUCAUAGUGAUGCUAACUCGAUUGGUCGACAAUUUUAAGACUGUUAAAUGUGGGGACUAUUUUCAAGCCGAAGAUGGACCUAGAGAGUUUGGCAACAUAUCUAUUAUGACAAAAUGGAUAAAGUCUACUGAUACUUCAUUAUUGUUGCGGAAUCUUGAAGCUAAGUACAAGGAGUCGGAGGACCAGCCCAUGUCUGUUUUGCAUAUUCAGUAUCCUGAAUGGCCUGAUCACGGUGUUCCCAGGGAUACUGUGGCUGUCCGUGAAAUUCUAAAAAGACUGUAUCAAGUACCGCCUAGCCUUGGCCCAAUCAUUGUGCACUGCAGUGCAGGUAUAGGAAGAACCGGAACAUACUGUGCGAUACAUAACACAAUCCAGAGAAUUCUUGCUGGGGAUAUGUCUGCAUUGGACCUUGCUAAAACCGUAGCAAUAUUCCGCAGCCAACGCAUUGGCAUGGUUCAAACCAUGGAUCAAUACUUGUUUUGCUACAACGCUAUUGUUGAUGAAUUAGUAGAUCUGACCGCGGGAACAAGUGCUUGA